GGAUUGCCACUCUCAGAUGUUGCCCCUUCAGGCGAAAUUUGUGGCCAUGCUGGAAACUAUGCCGCCUUCCUCUCCCCUUUCAGCAUUUUGGUGGAGCCCCAGGGGAGUCCACUUGAUCUCUCGAAGAGUUACCUAUCUUCACAAGGGACCGAACUUAAAGCGAAAACAAACUUUGCUGCUGACAACAACUAUAUCAAUCCAAGAAUGCGUCGACAUCCCGAGAUGACACCAAAUGAGGCAAAAGACGUCAAAUACUGGGAACGGAGAUGCAGGAACAAUGCCGCUGCCAGACGCUCACGCCAAUGUCGCCGAGCUAGAGAGGCGGAUUUAGUGGAGUAUGCUGCCCAAUUGGAAAGGAAGAACUCAGCGCUGGAAGCUGAGAUUUGUCUACUGAGAGUUCAGUUAGCAAAUGCUAAAUGUGAAUGCGCGAAGCUUGAAGGCGCAAUACCUUUCUCUCCGAUAAUCUUGCAACGGAAGUAUUCGAUGAACUUUCGAAUCUACACUGCUCAAUCUUCUAACCCUUGGAUCACAAGUCCUAAUUUGCUUGCACAUUUUUAA